GCCGCCACCACGGAGAUCCCGGCAGGAAGGAGGAUGGAGACGCAUCCCUCCAGUCUGGUCCAGGCCCUGCUGCUCUGCCUGGGUUUCCAUCUUCUACCAGCAGUUCUCGGCACGACUGUGAUCCCAUCAUGCAUGCCAGGAGAAUCUGACAAUAAUUGCACAGCGUUAGUUCAGAAAGAGGACAACCCGCGGGUGGCUCAAGUAUCAAUAACAAAGUGUAGCUCUGACAUGAACGGUUACUGUUUGCAUGGCCAGUGCAUCUACCUUGUGGACAUGAGUGAAAACUACUGCAGAUGUGAAGUGGGUUACACUGGAGUCCGAUGUGAACACUCCUUUUUAAACGUCCACCAACCUUUGAGCAAAGAAUACGUGGUUCUGACUGUGAUUCUUGUCCUCUUGUUUCUUGUCACAGUCGCCGGUUCUUUGUACUACGUCUGCAGAUGGUACAAAAAUCGAAAAAGUAAAAAAUCAAAGAAAGAAUAUGAAAGAGUGACCUCCGGGGACCCUGUAUUGCCACAAGUCUAA